GGAAUGCAUACACGAAUGCAUGCAUGAUGUUCUAACCAAUCAUAUCUGCAGCAGCAUAGAUAUUAGAGUACAGUUCCGGUACUCUAAUAUCUAUGGCAGCAGCAGACGUCUGACAAUCCGAGAGAUGGCUACAUACACCACUGAGUACAUCGAGAUGUCUAGCCUAAAUUUAAAAAGAGCUAAUUAUAUUGCUGCUAUUGAUUUUGGAACAUCAAACUGCUCGCUGGCUUACUCAGUUGAUGGAACGACCAGUAUCCUGUAUCCAUCAAGUGAGUCGCUUGACCGUGUACCCACGGCAGUAUUAAUAGAGCCCGAAGACAAAACGAGUUUCCGUGGUUCUUUAAUAAAUUAUUCCAUGCCCAUGGCUGUCGUUGAUAUCGGAAAAGUAGCUCAACAGGCAUAUGGAAACUUACCAAAAGAAGAGUACUCCAUGCACUUAUAUUUUGAGUGCUUCAAAAUGAACUUGAGGCCACACGAAGACGUGAUAACAAGGCAGAUGAAAAUUUCAGCAUUCAAGGGAGCAAGUUAUUACCUCAUAGAAGUUAUUGCUUUUGUUUUGAAUUAUCUUAAGUCCAAACUUGAAGAAGAGUUAGAGAUGCGUAAUCAUAUGGUUCAACAAGAAAGUGAAAAUGCUGAGCCCAGGUUACUGAAAGCAUUUGACUUCACCUGGGUAAUCACUGUUCCUGCAAUAUGGAAUGAAAAAGGAAAACAGAUGAUGAGAGAAGCUGCCUACAGGGCUGGGCUGGUCAUUGAAAACACAGUGAUGACUCCAAUCACUUGUUUCACUCCAGUCACUCAACAACUAGAAAAAGUCGACAUGAAUGAAUAUUAUCAUAAGCUUGUUUUAGCAUUGGAACCAGAAUGUGCUGCUCUUUAUUGUCGACAACUGUCAAUUGAUGAAAUGGCAAACCAUUCCAGGCGGCUCCAGAAUCAAGUUAUAGAUCACUCUUCUGAUUACAUGGUACUUGAUAUUGGAGGUGGUACAGUUGAUAUUGCAGUCUACAAUAGUCAAUCCAAAGAUAUAUUUGAAUCAGUUCUUCCACCCACUGGCAAUGACUGGGGAGGAACAAGGGUUAAUGAAGAAUAUUCAAAACUUCUCCAAAAAAUUGUUGGAGAUCCUGAAUUUAAAUGCUUCUGCGAAAUGCCCCAACAGGAAGCUCAAAAUCAAGCUGUAAUCACGACACACAUUUACCAUGAUUUUGAGUUUGCUAAAGUUUCAUUUGGUAAGAACACAAGAAUGGACAGAAGAAUUACAUCACGAUUAAAUCGUAAGAUUGUUGAUUUCUAUGGUUCAGAGAAAAUAAGGGAAGGAGUAGCAGCACUUAACGACGCUAGAAUACAAUUAAAUGGUAGUGAUCUUCUUGUGAUUCAGUUUUCUAAAGUUGAAGAGCUGUUUGCACCAGCAGUCAAAGGAAUUCUUGAUUGCAUAGACACUGCCAUUACAAAGAGUCCUGUUGCCAUUAACACAGUGUAUCUAGUUGGAGGAUUUGGUGGGUGUCCAUACAUAUACAACAAAAUUAAAGAAUUUGAUAAAUUUUUCAAUCUGUGUGUCCUAACUCCAAGAGAUUAUCAUGUUGCUGUUGUUAAAGGAGCCAUUCUUUUUCAGCAGAAUCCUAAAACCAUGAAUAGCCGAGUGAGCAGUGCCUACUAUGGUAUAGAAGCAACCGUAAAAUACAAACCAGAAAAAAAUCAUGAUCGUAGACGAAAAAGAUAUGACCUUCAGCGUAAUUGCACUGUCACCGACAAUGCAUUUGAAGUAAUUGUAGAAAAAUAUCAAAAAGUUCGUUACGAUGAAGUCCUAGAGUUUCCGUCAUAUGCUACUCCUUUGAGUGAGAAAAGUGACAAAGUGGAACUAAAACUUUUUAAGACUUACAAAGAUGAUGUUGUGUAUAUUAGAAAUCCGAAUGGCGAACUUUGUGAAGGAGUUGAGGAAAUUGGAAAAUUAGAACUAGCUGUGCCACCAUCUACUCUACCACUAGCAAGCCGCACUAUUACAUUAAAGUUUCAUAUUGGGGGACCAGAGUUAUACUUCCAAGGAAAAAACGAUGAAACUGAAGAGAAAGUGCAUUGUACGAUAGACUUCUUAUCUUAAUUAGUAUGAUGUAAUUUUGAGUGUGUGCCACUGUGUGAUGAAACUAUAUAUUUGUAGUGAACCUAUUGUAGUGUUUUUAGCAGUUUUUUUAGUUGCAUAGCUCAUGUUUUAACAUAA